AUGUUCAAAGCCCUGAUUCAAAGUAAUCAAAAUGUAAACAAAAAAUCUAAACAACAACGACUGCGUUUUCAUCUCACAACAAGAAUUCCUAAAGUGAAGAAGAGAAAAUCAGAAAUAAAGUUAGGUCAAGAGCAUGCGGUUGAGAUUCUCAAUAAUCUCUUCAUUAGAGUAAUGUGGUUAAUGUCCGUAAUCAGUUUCAUUGUUACAACAGUUACCAUCACCAAACCUGAAUCACACCUAUUUAGCAACGAUUGA